AUGUUCGGCGCUGAUUUGGGCCGCUGCACGUGGACGGAAGGAAGUUACCGAGAGGUUCUUUACGGGCAAGAGAGACCCGACCCUGGCGCUGAUGGCCGCCAUGCUCUGACCACAGCCGCUGCCAAAGGUCAUCUCAAAGUGGUGAAUGUACUCAUCGAACACGGAUCAGAUGCGGGACUGGAUGAUAAGACGAACGGAUGGACUGCCCUGCAUCAUGCCGCAUUUGGUGGUCAUCUCGAAGUCAUGCAAAUCUUACUAAAAUUGGAUAACGAACUCAUCACGCGCAUGGACAAUGACGGAUGCACCAUCCUCCAUAUGGCCGCGCGCGGUGGUCGUGAUGCGACGAUCAAGUUUCUGGUAGAAGAUUUGAACAGAGCGAGCGAUCUGGCAGUCACGAACGAAGACCAGUGCACACCGCUCACCUUUGCCGCACGAACUGGUCAAGCUCAUACGGUUAAACUACUACUGGACUACGAGGCUGAACUGGGUAUCAUGGUUGACUACAAGUAUAAGACAUUGGACUCGGCAAUGCAUUAUGGUUCUGUCGGCGACGUGAAGAUUUUGCUGGAGCAUGGAAGAGGGCUCCCCGAGACGAUAAGAGACAAUUGGGCGCCGCUGCUCUACGCUGUAGUACAUGAGCACCGCGAGAUCGCAGAUAUAUUGGCAAAGGCUGGCGCAGACAUCGAAGCUCCAGACGAAGAAGGUUGGACGGCGUUGCUUGCUGCAGCAAGCAAAGGCCAGACCAAUACAGUCAAACGGUUGAUCGAGAGCGGAGCGAAUAUCAACUCAAAGAAUAACGAGGGCAGGACCCCUCUCUUUUGUGCAAUAAGCAAUGCCUUCUUUGAGACUGCACAAGUGCUGGUCGAACAUGGAGCGGAUGUUGUCUCCGCAGACACCUACAAACAAUCGCCCCUUUUCUCAGCUGCAUGUUACGGUCAUACUGGAACUGUUCGAUUGCUUCUCAAUAGGGGAGCGGAUACCACGGUUUGCAAUGCGAGGGGUUUAAGGCCUCUACAUAUUGCAGCGCAAAAGGGACAUCUUGAGGUCGUGACGCUGUUGUUAAACAGCGGAGCUCAUGCGAAAGGUCGGCCAUGCAAGGAAGAGACGCCCUUACGUUCUAGAGUGACAGAUAUGAUCCUUUCAGACGGAGAAGAUCACGACGGAAAGGGCAUAGAUGUUGAUGCUACCGACAACCACGGAUUUACUCCGCUUCUGUGGGCGGUGCACGGCGGUAACCUUGACGUCGUUAAUGUACUGUUGGAACACGGUGCAAGCAUUGUUGCAGCGUGCAAUGCUGGGACUACUCCGAUUAGCAAAGCGAUAUUGAUGCGUCGUUUAGAUAUCGUCCGAGCACUUUCGACGCAAGAGCAAGGCAUAAAGAUGGCCCACAAGAGAAGUUGGAAACCACUACAGGCAGCAGCUCGAGAAGGCCACUUCGGAAUAACGGAGCUGAUGUUGCAAAAGGGAGCGGAUGUAUCAGCUGUCGAUAGCGAAGGGUGGACACCGUUAUACAGUGCGGCGAUAAAUGGCCAUUACGAAGUCACAAAGCUCCUACUGGAGUGGGGGGCCGAGGUACACAAACGCUCAGAUGUUUCGGAGCGCCUUUUCGAGCGGGGCAUGGAGCUAGACGUUGAUGUUAGUGCUGCACUACCUCUACUCACUGCAGCAUUAAGCAACGGACAUGUGGAAGUAGUGCGCAUACUGUUGGAACAUGGUGUCGACCCUAAUGGAGAAACUCAAGGCUGCAAAGGGGAGCCACCACUCUACAUUGCAGCAAACAAAGGGAACCUCGAGAUCGCGGAGCUACUUGUCAAGCAUGGAGCGACUCUUGAUCUUACGUCGAGCGAUGGAUGGACGCCACUACACGUCGCUGCAAGUCUGGGACAUCUGGCAGUUGUGAAAUUGCUGCUUGAAGCGGGGGCCAGGCCACAAGCGGACUUGAACGGUAUCACACCGCUCUCGCUGGCAAGAGACGAUGGAGAUGAUGAUAUUGUGACCUUACUCGAGGCGCAUAUCCAUGGUAGGCGUGGCUCCGACGAACAUAACUCAUAG